AUGGCUAAGAACUAUGUGAGUAAUUUUCGUGGUGAAAGUUUGUUGACUCCUAAUGGAAAAUAUAAUGCACCCAGCAAAAGUUCUGUAUCUGACGCUUCCAGCAAAAUUACUGCAUCUAAUGCUUACUUGGACAAUAAGGAGAAUAAUUUCAAAUUUGAAUCCCGUCCUGCUCUUGUUUUAUAUAAAGCACCUUUUAAACCUACCCUUCCAACAACCCAAAUAGUUGAACCAGUUUCAUUCGACCUAGCUACAGAAAAAAGGGCUGCAGAAAGGGAAAAGUUUGAGCGCCGUUUGAAAGAAAAAGAUGAAAAAAAUGAGAGAUUAAGACAGCAAAAAGAAAGAGAACAUAAGGAAACCGAGAAGAGAGUACAAGCAGAACUAAGAGCUAAACUUAUUCAUCAUGCUAAGCCUAUACCAACAGUAGGAUUAUUUAUACCUGAAAAGUCUUCGAAACCUCUUACUGUGUCUGAAACACUGAAAUUUGUUAGACGAUUUAAACAAAACUAA